GAGUGCAGCGCGCACAACAGACAUGGCGGAGAUCUCCGCUAAACGUGCUGCUGAUUGUCUUGAAUUAUCAGAGAAAGUAAAAAGGACAAAGGAGGAAACUGAAAAUGCUCGAGGAGAAGCUGAAGACGAAUCUGAAAAUAUUCUCUCUGCUUUUCGAACACGAACCGUUUUGAGUGAAUCUGCGCGAGAGAAAACCAUCUUUGUCCACGGAAAGCUUGCUGAUCAGGAGGCUGUGGUUAUCCUUGAGAAGACUCCAAUCCGACAGGAGGCUGUGGCUGAGCUCCUCUGUGGUUCUACGCUGAAGCUGGAGAUGAGGAACGACAUCUACAGCACAUACAGGCUCCAGCCUUCCCCUCAUCUCAACGAGAUCAAGACCACAGUGAUUUGUCCUGCUACAGAGAAGCAUGUGAAGAAAUUCCAGCGUCAGGAGAGUUUCCUGGUGGAGGAGACAGGGAAUGACUAUCAGUCCAUCACCCUGCCUUAUAUUCAGAAGCAGAGUUUUAGCAUCCAGUGGGUAUACAACAUUCUGGACAAGAAGGCGGAAGCUGAGAGGAUAGUUUUUGAAGAUCCAGACCAGGAAGUUGGUUUCAUUCUCCUCCCAGAUUUCAAAUGGGACCAGACACAGCUGGAUGAUUUAUAUUUAAUUGCCAUUGUACAUCAGAGGGGCAUCAAGAGUCUCAGAGACCUGACGUCAGACCAUGUGCCACUGCUUCAGAAUAUCUCUCAAAAAGGAAAGGAGGCCAUCCUGCAGCACUACAAGCUUCCAGACAGUAAGCUGAGAGUCUACCUGCACUACCAGCCAUCUUACUACCACCUUCACGUACACUUCACCGUGCUGGGCUUUGAGGCUGCAGGCUGCAAUGUGGAGCGUGCUCACCUCCUUGCAGAUGUCAUCCAAAACCUACAGGCUGACCCUCAGUACUACAAAAACAGGACUCUCUACUGCCCCCUGAGGGCAGACGAUGGACUGCUCAGUGAGUUCAAGGAGGCAGGGAGGCUGUGACGGACUGUACUCUUCACCUUUUGUUCUUUUUUUUUUACUUUGCCUCAGUGUCAGAUGGGAUUAUAGUUAAAUAAUAACUAUUAAGGUCAGCAGAGUGUCAGAUGAAUAUUCUGUAAUAUGUAUGAAAAGCCAAGAUGUGUAGGAUGGAUCUAUUGCUGCAAAUAUAAACUCUGUAAAAUAAAAGAUUUAGUGUAGAUGUUAGUGUCAAGGCACAUCUUGAUUUUUAUAAUGUUCAGAUUACAUUAAAUGAUCAUUUCAAACCUCAGUCAAGAAGUAAUCACCAAAUAUAUUUUGAAACUAUAUCAUCUUCUUUUGUCUUUUAUUUCUGCUGUAGUUCUUUUUGUGUUGAGCCUUUUUCCUGUAUGCUGACUGAUUUAAAAUAUUUUUAGUAUUGAGGUUCUGUAAUUUUUGGGCACCUGAAUUUAACAUGUUUUAAAAACAUGAGAAAACGCUUGAGUCUUUAGAGUCUCAUGUCAUUCAUCUUGCAGAUGUUUCUGGCAGCACCUCUGUCAGGUAAUAUAAUCAACACAUUGCAAGAAUGUUAUAUUUAACUAGCGUGUUGUCCCUGGGAUCCACAGGUUCUAGAUUAGAUUUUAUAAUAUAGGUAGCCGAGGUUUUUCAAGGGUGAUAAUAAAUUGUGCAAAGUCCAGAAUGUUUAUUUUAUUUUUGCUUCUAUUUUGUCAUUUGAUUUUUAAAUGGCCCACAAUGGAAAUAAAUGUGUUCACUUUCA